AUGUCUGUCGGAGAAGAAAACUGGCAAAUGACAAGACCCACCAUCAAAGAGAGAACCAAGUUUGUUUUCAACAACGAUCGCCUCAGCGAUAUCAAGUUCGUUGUUCGCAAGAUGGAUGGUGAAAGCGAAAGUAAACAAGUGAUUCCUGCUCACAAGUUCGUGCUGUCGAUCAGCAGUCCUGUUUUUGAGUCCAUGUUUCACGGUGAGUUGGCGGAGACUAGAGACUCUAUUGAACUGCCUGACUGUGACUACGAGAGUCUCUUGGAGUUGUUUCGUUUCAUGUACAGCGAUGAAGUCAACUUGAGCGGAAGUAAUAUCAUGGGAGUGUUGUAUUUAGCGAAGAAAUACAUGGUGCUGUCACUAGCUGAGAAGUGCUUGGAAUAUCUACUGAAGAACUUGGAUCCAUCCAAUGUUUUCAGUAUCCUUCCAUUCGCACAGAAAUAUCAAGAGAAAGACCUGAUGGAACGAUGCUGGAAAGUGGUCGAUGACCAGACGGAACAAGCUGCGAAAUCGGAUGGAUUUGCAUCAAUUGAGAGGUCAUUACUUACAGAAGUAAUAAUACGAGACACUCUCGUGAUCAAAGAGAUCGAUCUGUUUAAAGCUGUUGACUUGUGGGCCACUAAAGAAUGUAAGAGGCAAGGUUUAGAGGCGGUAGGUACAACAAAAAGAAGAAUCCUUGGAGAAGAAAUUGUCAAAGCAAUACGCUUCCCAAUUAUGAAACUGGAAGAUUUCUCAAGUGUUGUUUUAGCCAGUGAUGUUCUGACAAAAGAAGAAAUCGUCAGUCUCGUCAGACACCUGACUUCUGUCUCCAAGUCGGGAUUUUUCGAAACAAUAAGAUCUGGUUCUACUAGGGCAAUUCAAAGAUGUUGUAGAUUCAACUCAUUACCUGAUAAUAAAUGGAAUUAUGGUCGCCACCCAGAUGUCAUCAAUUUCACUACAGACAAAGACAUUGCCUUAUGCGGAGUACGCUUCUUUGGUCAAAAAGACGGCAAUUACUCGGUAGAUUUCAACCUGACGAUGGUCGAAGCUGCAACAGUGUUGAUGUCUUUGCGAAUAGAACCAAUUCAAACAAAACCAUUGCAAGCCGAGAAAUACAGUUACACCGGUUUUGAAUUGAUUUUCAGCACAAAAAUCAUGUUAAAGAAAAACAUCCAGUACCGUUUAAGUGCUUUAAUAGCGGGUCCUACUUCAGAGCGUGGAAUGGGCGGUGUCAGUUCUGUUCAGUGUUCAGGGGUAACUUUCACAUUCAUGAACAGUGACAUCCCAAAUAAUAAUGGAAGUAGUGUUUGUGACGGGCAGUUUCCCGAACUGAUCUUUUGUCUCGAAUAAUCAAUGAAUAGUAACAUACGGCUUCACUGUUAAGCAUCUGAUGAGUAUUGGGAAGAUGAGAGGCCCUAACUCCGACUGAAAACUCGCAUUUUUUCGUUUUCUCCACGCUCAAAACAAAAAUUAUCUCUAUCACUUUCUCCCCAUCAU